GGAAAAGGACCGCCAGGGCGCCGGGGGCCAGGAGUCUGAGAAGGCGGGCAGCCAGCACAGCCAGCCCGAUGGAUAUCCAGAAGCAGGGCUGGAUGAGGCGCCAGCUGAGGAAGCAAACAGAACGAAGCCGGAGGAGGUAGUCGUGCGAACGAGAAGAGGGCUGCCACCUCCAGUACCUCCGAAAGUGCCGAGCUUGGACGAGCUGUCCAACGACUUGGAGGUCCCCUCAGAGCUGCCCAGCACGGUCCCGCCGUCGGCUGUGGUUCCAGAGGAGGGUGUCGCCGUAGCGCUGGACCUCGGCUCCAUAAGGACGCUUGUGGCACAGCGGCGGAUCAACACGGCCCUCAGGCACCUCGCUCAGGCCGACUACGGAUCCGAGGGCCGGCAGCUCCGCCUUCGCUGCCUCGCCGGCAUGCGCCGCUACGCCGAGGCCGCAGAGGAGUGCAAGCAGAUGGGCGCGGAGGCCACCGGCUUCGAGGUGAAAUUCUUCUUGGCUCAGCUUCCUUGGCUUCUCCAUGCAGAUGCCUACCAGACCAUGCUGCACCUCAAGGCUCUGGCACAAAGUUGGCCAAGCGAAGGCGCAGCCCAAGAUCGACUGGAGCUGCUGCAGGUGCUGUCUCAUUUGUCCCUGGUGGUGGGCCACGGGCGCCUGGCCGCUGAAGAGUUGCAGCGUGCUCUUGCAGAAGGAGAUUGCCGCCAGCUGUGGUCGCUGCUUGGAAGGCACCACUUGUCAGCGGGCAAUCUCCCCGCAUCAGAUGCUGCCUUUGCAAAGGCGCAGGCUGUCCCCGGGCAGGAGUCGACAGUCUUGCUCAAUUCGGGACUUCGGGCCAUGGCGCUGGGCGACUUCGAGGCUGGCAGGGAUUCCUUCGAAGCCGCAGCUGCGGCUCUGCACGCAGACGAGGGCUCGCAGCCCCAGGAGGUCCUCGCAGCAGAGAACAACUUGGCGGUCUGCAAAUUCUACACUAAGGACCUUCGCGGCGCAUGCGAGGGGCUAAAGGCCCUAGUCUCCAGGGAUCCGGUGCGCUUCCUCGUGCCGUGCCUUCUGCAGAACUUGGCCUCCUUCUACGAGUUCGCACAGGAUGCUGCCAGCCAGCGGAAGAUCCUGCGGGAUCUGGCAGGAGCUGCGCAGUUGGAGGACCUGGAACCCCGGCUCUUCCAAGCUCCGCAAACGUGA